ACGCUUAGCCCGCACGCGCCUUGUCAAAUGCCGCGAUGGCGGAAACCCUGUUGGCCAUCUUGCUUGUGACUUCCUCGGCGACAGGCUCUACCCUCGUACACAAAUACCCUGCGAAACCCAUACCCUCAGCUCGCCUCUCUCGUUACAAGCCGGACAAGGCAGAGGUUUUGCCUAUCUCGAACCUCGACAACCCAUGGCGCACUUCCCAUGCGUUCGAGCCCAACGUGCUCGAGAGUACCUCUACCGCCACAGUCCAUGGUGAUGAAUAUACCUGGAGCAAGCCAAAAUCUGCUAUCCGGGUACGGACAGCGUCUAUGUCCAAGGAAAUUCCUACUGGCACGAGCGCCUCGCCUGCAAAAGGCGCUCACCUCUCGGCACCUCCUGACAAGGAUGAGGAGUACGACCGCAUCCUCGGCUACAACGCUGAAUUCUUGACCAACCUGCUCUGCCCUCACGUAUCCAUGUGUCAUCAGAAGUUCGAACUCAUCGUCGACGAGCUGGCUUUCAUCGGUCAUCCCGUCUGCGCCUAUCCGGAUGGGACGUGGAAAUUCAAGCCCGAAGUCGGGAAGGGACUCAACCGCGGGCGCGGCUCGAGGAACCGGCAAAUGUCAUCGGCGACGAACGACGAUGCUGAUCCCUCUGAUGCGCACCCCGCCGAGCACCUUGGGACGAAGAGCGCCUGGCUGCAGUCCUUCCACGUCGUACUCGUUCUCGACCUUCCUGAUCCGUCGUCUUCUAACUCUGGCAACGUCUGGAAGUACUUUGACAUCAUAUACGAGCGGAUCGCCUUCAACCUGACCGCUGUGCUCUUCCGAGAGCAAGUGCUGUCUAACUUCGUCGAAAUGGAGUGCGAGCAGCUCAUGAGCAUACGAGAGUCAUGUAUAGCCAAGGGCGAGCACUUCUCCACCUACAUGACUCAGGCACUAGCGCAAACCUCCAUUGCCCCCGCUAUGCAAGUCCUCUUCGACGCCAUCAAAACCUCUACCAUCGCCUACAUCACCAUCCACGACCUUCCCAUGGAGCUCCAGCUACCUCCCUAUCUCGACUCCCUUCUCAAAGUCGAAAGCGACGACGACGUCGACGAGUUGCAGGAGCAGGAUGCCGCAGAAAUGUGGGGCCCGCAUAUGAGCUAUGGGUGGAGGUUGGAGACGCUUGCGCCGUGGAAGAGCAUCUUGUUGCUGGAGAAGGAUGGAUUUGAUCCAUUCGCGAGCUUAAGGGGGCCGCAUGUUAGUGUGAAUGAUAGGCCACUGGUGGAUGGGCUCAUCCGCUUCCUCGAGGUUGCGUCUAUCACGCUGUCGCUUGCAGACAUGUCUAGUCUGCUAGACUGGGAUCUCGAUACGCAGAUAUACCCCGUUGUUCGCUGGCUGGUCGAGCACCGAAGAGCAAAGAUCGUCGACGUCGUGCACCCUGGUUUGAAGACAGUCUUCACACUGCCGCCAAAGUUUGAGCAGCCGCUAUCCGAACUGACCGCCGAAUUCGAACAAGAAUUUACCGACCCCUCUGUCGCCUCCCUUCCCGAAAUCCUCUCCCUCAUCUCCACCGCGCCCUCCAAACAGAGUGACAACCACUUUUACGCCACCGUCGUCCAAUCGCGCGAUCUCAUCCCCAUUUACCACGACGUCGUCCUCUGGAUGCUCAAGCGCGGCCUCCUCAUCCGUCUCUCCCUCCGCAUCCGCAUCGUCGCUACGCGCGAGCUCAAGGAGCGCGCGAGGCUACGCAAGCAUCAGCGCGUUCAUCUUCCUGCCGCACUCGACGAGAAAGCUGGCCACGGGAAGCCCAUAGCUGCCCUACGCCGGCCAUCUGCCUUACCUUGGUUGUCCCUGUCCCCAAAGACGGCACACAGCUACUCCUUUCCGGGUCGAAUGCGCGCGAGCGAGAGCCGAGUGAGCGCAAUGGUGAUCCAGGAGGACGACGGGGAGAAGCUGGGUGACGAGGACGCGGACGACGACGUGUUCGAGGACAACGAGCCCGGGGAGGGCCCGGCGAGCGAAGAGGAUGAGGAAGGCGGGGCGGCGUCGAUCAUCACGGAUCCGAGUCAGGCAACGCCGUUGCAGCAGCUAUGGCUAGCAACGAUGUCCGAGGGGAAGAAUGAGCAUAUCGCACAUCGGUUUGCGCACAUCAAUCAGUACUUUGACGGCAAGAUGACAGACGAUGAGAUACUGUACCGUGCUGAGAUUACGAGGAAGCAGCUCAGGGAGGUGCUACAUGUGUAUGAGGAAUACCUUCAAACAUUCCUGCAUCCGUAGAAUGGCUUUGAUCGAGUAGUGAAGCAUGCUGGAACUAUGUGUGGCGUGACAAGAAAUUCUCCGCUAGCAGCCACUACACUGUGAUAGUCCGUAAGCUGGACCUGCAAGGUUGUAGCCAGACGGAGUCCAUAGACUACACGUGACCCGCAUCGGCUUGUUCCGAAG